CCGGAAGCAUUUUGCUCCUAAUCAAACAGGCUGGUUUUCGGUUAACUCGCUUUCGCUGCAGAACAUCUCUUAAAGUUUCUACAAUUUUGACAACUCUCUAAGACUAACGUUGUGAACUAAUCGCGCUUUCUAAGAGGAUGAUAACAAGACAUUUUUCUAAUUGUUCAUUUGAGAGUUGACCAAUUUUGCAAGCCUGGUUAGCUUAGCUUGAACACCGAGCUCAGCGUUGGUGUUUAGCUAACGUGGAUGUGAUCAGAUUCAACUUAAACUUAAAACAGACUUAAAUUUAGUUCGUAUAUCUUAUUGGCGCUUAUUUUAUCCACGAGGAUGGUUUUAAAGUCGUCGUAAUCCGCGUCUAUGCUCUGUUAAAUAGAGCUUAUUUUGGAUGUUUUGGUUAGCUCGUCUUUUCAGCAGCUAAUCAGUAGAAAGAGAAGAGAUGGACGACUUCAGCUCGAUCAGCCUGCUGUCCCUGGCGAUGUUGGUGGGAUGUUAUGUAGCAGGGACGAUACCUUUAGCUGUCAACUUUUCAGAGGAGAGACUCAAACUUGUCACAGUGCUGGGAGCUGGGCUGCUGUGUGGAACUGCACUGGCUGUUAUUAUUCCUGAAGGGGUCCAUGCACUUUAUGAAGAAAUACUUGAAGGACACCACAGUCAUGCUCAGCCUGGGGUGGUGGAGGUCUCGGAGGCAAAGGCAGAGGCAGCAGAGGCUCUUGUGGCCAGUGGAACACACGAGCACAGCCAUGAACAGCUCCAUGCCUGCAUCGGAGUCUCGUUGGUCCUCGGCUUUGUCUUUAUGCUGCUUGUCGACCAAAUCGGCAGCUCCCACAUGCACAGCACUGAUGAUCCAGAGUCUGGGAGAGCUGCUUCCUCCAAAAUCACCACAACACUGGGACUUGUGGUCCAUGCUGCAGCUGAUGGAGUAGCUUUGGGUGCCGCAGCCUCCACUUCACAAACCAGCGUUCAGCUCAUUGUAUUUGUAGCAAUCAUGCUUCAUAAGGCUCCAGCAGCAUUUGGCCUUGUGUCAUUUCUGAUGCAUGCGGGUCUUGAGAGAAAUCGCAUUCGCAAACAUCUUCUGGUUUUUGCGUUGGCUGCUCCUGUACUCGCCAUGCUAACCUUUGUUGGCCUCAGUCAGAGCAGCAAAGAAGCCCUAUCAGAUGUGAACGCCACUGGAGUCGCUAUGUUAUUUUCUGCAGGCACGUUUCUGUAUGUAGCUACGGUCCAUGUCCUGCCGGAGGUGGGGGGCGGGGGGCAUUCCCACUCCCCAAACGGACCCAGCGGGGGCAAAGGACUGAGCAAAGUGGAGGUGGGAGCUCUGGUUCUGGGCUGCCUCAUUCCUCUGGUGCUAUCAGUUGGCCACCAUCAUUAAGGAACUAUUUAGAGACCAAAAGAUGGAACAAGGAAAACAGACUUGUCAAUCAUGCCAAUCAGUUUUACUGAAUGGACCUGUGGAAUUACAUUUAAUGAGUCUUGGAAAAUUUAUUUGUUGCUGUGACAAUAAGGACAGUGAUGUUCUUACUGCUGAUAAAGACUGCAGUGCGCAAAGUAUUUUAACAAGUGAAAAUUGGACUCUUUUUGAGCUAGAUUUAGGUUCAUGGUUCGUGUCUUGAUGGUUUUUUGUCCAAUGUCAAAAAACAUCCUUGAUUUGAAUACAGCUAGAUUUUACUAGACUCAAUGUAUGUUUAUAAAGCUGUAACAAUAUUGAAGUGCCAUAUUAGCUGCUUAUGAUGUAGAAACAAAAUUAGACCAUGUAGACCUUGUCAAAGCUAGAAAAUUGCUACUCUCUUCAGAGGAUUGCCACAUACAGCUGUUGAAGAAUGCUUUUUGCUACCGACAUUUCUGACAAGAUGACAGUUCCACCAGCUUCACAUUUUGAGAUUACUUUUAAUUUUGGUGGUGGGUUCUUUGCUCCGUAAGAUACAAACAUACAAUACUACAUGUACAGAAACUGAUUGUAUAGAAAUGGAGGGAUAUUGAGUGAAUGAAUAACUUGCCUUAUACAGGGGCAUUACCUCCCCAUAGGGACCAGUGGCUCAGGAGAAUUGUAUUAUAAGUCUAAAGAUGUACUUCUCAAUCAAACCUGAGCAAUAAUGGGGAAAUUGUGGAUUUAUUAUUGUGGUUGGUUGACAUAUCAGGAGCUUAAGACUCUUGAACGCAACUGUAGUCAUGAACAAUGGAUAAACUACUUAAUGUUUUAUCAGGAUACAUGGAUAUUGUUGAUGUUUGUCUUAUAUAUUGGGUAUGUAAAUCUUUGUCUAUACUGUAAAGAAAACCUUUCUUCCAAAACGAACUGAUGUGAGAUGGACUGCUUACUCACUUUUUUUAAUUUUAUCUUUUUUUUUUAAACAAACUUAUUUUUUGGGACAUUAUUGAUAGUUUUUUGCCCACAGUAAAUGUUAUAAGUGAUUAUUUUAUGUGUACAUUUUUAAUUACAUCUCUUACUAUUCACUGCAAGAAAUACCAAUGUUUUUAGACUGACAACUUGAUGUCUGAAAAAAGUAAGGGUUAAAAGGGAUUUCAGUGACAGCCCCGUUGUGUACUACUACUAUAACCAUUAAUUAAACUUAGAUUUAGACACACUUUAUUAAUCCACAAGGGAAAAUAUUAUUUUUAUUACACACAGAAAUGACAAGCAAAAUAUAUAUGAAUUAUAGCAGAAGAAAAAUGUUACUCUUAGUGAAGACUUAAUUUUUUCUUUUGCUGAGGAUUUUACCUGGACGACUGAAGGAUUACAAAGACAUCUAUUUGAAUUAUUGCUUUUUGUUCUAGACAGUCUUAUAAUUUAGUGUUGACCUUGUUUGUAUUGGAAUUCAAUGUAAGUGCCAAACCACCUAUCACAAAGUAAUCUCAAACUGGAAAGAAGAGAAAGAUUUUAGUGGUUUUAGUUGAAAUUUGAAUUUGUCUUUUAAUAUUUUAGUACACAAUGGGGCUGACACUUAUUGAAGGCGGUUCACAUGUCUGUUGUUGUAUGCAUUUUAUUUAUUGUCAUUCCUGAAAGAGUCUGCCUUAUUUCCACACUCUGAUUGUUAAUAUGGCUUGUAAAGCAUUGUGUUUUAUGAUGAUUAAAUUAAACAUUUUCUAACUGGUGCAACAA